AUGCAGAAAGUGGCGACCCGGAAGCAAAGGGAAGCAAAAGGCGAAGCAGUGCUUGCAACGCGGCUGGCAGCGGUCGGCUACGAAGGCCAGGCCAAAUCCGAAGCUCUACGCCUGGCCCACCAGCAGCGCGCCUCGCGCCUCGUCACAGAGAAGAACGAGCGCUUGGCCGAGGAUGUUGCGACUCGCCGCGCAAUGCGCGAGGAGCGAGCAGCAGCGGCUGCAAGCAGACGAUGCCUCUCCGAGGCUCGUGCACGAUUUGUGCGGCGUUGGCCGCAACCUGAAGAGGCGCUCGACUCAACCCCGUCCUCCUUGCCAAGCCUGCUGGCCGACGAUCCGGUCGUUCGGCGGGCGAAGGCGCUUUGUAGCGGAGCUGCGCAGGCAGUCGCCCAGCUUGAGGAGCAGAACCAGCUGCUCAGAGCGAAGCCCACGCUGCAGGUCAUUAGGCCCGAGCCCAAAGAGCCCAAAAUCCCUUCGCGGGGGCCCACGCCGAUGCCCAGCAACGAGGAGCUCAUUGCGAAGGCAAAGGAGCUCCUGGCAGAUUACAAGCCAGAGAAACUUCGGCAGCCGGCUUCGGGCCGAACUUCUUCGGCUCGGACUACUGCAGCCUCAGCGGAGAGCUCCACCAGGAACUCGCCACGGCACGGUGCUGGAGGUGGUGGAGAUCUUACUGCUCUCCAGCGUGCUAGACAGCAAUGUGCCGAUGUGUGU